CCAUAUCGUGUAAUGGUGGUAUACAACUCAUUUGCCAAGACAAAGUAUUUGGAUAUAUGGUUCCUGUUAUUCUGUAGAGUUAUGGUUUAUAUCAACAGUUCCAUCAAUCCUAUCCUGUAUAACGCUAUGUCAGCUAAAUUUAGAAGGGAGUUCCAAAAGAUUCUGAGCUGUGAUGCUGGACGGUACAACAAGCCACAAGCCACGUUUAGUAUGGAGUGUAUGACAAACAAUGUUGAACGGAAUGUUCUUGUCAUUAAAAAUCAUCGCAGCAGAAAUCCAUCCCCGUACUCUUCCUCGGAAAGAAUCACUUCUUCUGUAAUUCAACUGAAAUAAUCUUAUUUUAGCUUG